CGGGGCGUAGGCCCGGGAAUUGAUCCUGGUUACGCUCCCCAAUGCGAGACUGCUGGGUUUCCUUAUCCUGCCGGGGCCCUGCUUCUCCUCUCCGUUCUCCCCUCACGGUGUAGCCAUUUGUUACUCAUUGCCAAGGUACACCUGUCUAUAUGUGUUGCAUCAAAUGUUGGAAAAAUGUCAGAUGACAGAGAUGUAUUACGAGACGUUUGGUUUGGAAGAAUACCAACUUGUUUCACGCUUUCUCAGGAUGAAAUAACCGAGAGGGAAGCUGAACCUUAUUAUCUGCUUUUACCGAGAGUCAGCUACCUGAUGCUCGUCACUGACAAAGCUAAAAAGCACUUCCAGAAAGUUAUGAGACAAGAGGAUGUGGGAGAGAUGUGGUUUGAAUAUGAAGGUGUACCUCUGAAGUGGCAUUAUCCUAUUGGUUUACUUUUUGAUCUGCAUGCAUCGAACACUGUACUGCCAUGGAACGUUAUAGUUCACUUUAAGAAUUUUCCUGAAAUGGAAUUACUUCAUUGCCUCACAAAAGAUGCUGUUGAAGCUCAUUUUAUGUCCUGCAUUAAAGAAGCUGAUGCCUUAAAGCACAAAAGUCAAGUAAUCAAUGAGAUGCAGAAAAAGGAUCAUAAGCAGCUUUGGAUGGGCUUACAAAAUGAUAAAUUUGACCAGUUUUGGGCCAUCAAUCGAAAACUUAUGGAGUAUCCAGCAGAUGAAGGAGGAUUCCGCUAUGUUCCUUUUCGGAUAUAUCAGCCUCUAAAUGAACGACCAUUUAUUCAGAAGCUUUUUCGCCCAAUCAGUUCGGAAGGUCAACCACACAAUCUUGGUGACUUGUUGAAAGAAAUGUUUCCUGCUGCUGUAACCACUGAAGAUGUGGAGAAGCAAUAUCAAGUAGUCAUUCAUGGGAUUGAACCAAUGCUGGAAACACCUUUGCAGUGGCUUAGUGAGCAUCUGAGCUACCCAGACAAUUUCCUGCACAUUAGUAUCAUUCCUGUGCCGAGAGACUGAGGAAGCAAGCAACUCAAACAGAAAGCGAAUCACCCUGUCCGGACUUGCCUAAGCAGUGCUAUUUUCCACUUUCAUAAAGCCUGUUGGAAGCAACUUGAAUCAGAGAUACUCGCUGCUGCAAGCCUAACAGGGAGAGAUCCCACAAGUGACUGAUCCUAGUUUGUAUCUCUAUUAUAAACCUGCUGUUGUCAUUAAACCUCACUCACAACAUGAAAACUUCUUAAGGCCACUAGUGUCAUUUUUCUUGUACAAUGUUAAACAUAAUAUUUUCUAAGGCAUCAAGCAACGGAACCACGUAACACUUAAUUUCUGAUUAACAUAUAAAACAGGGGUAUUUCCAAAAGUGACCAUGAUUGAAUUGCAGUAUGAGAGUAUGGAAAGAGUUUUUUUUUACUUUCCAAAGGAUUAUGCUAGCUCUCAGAAAAACAAAUAGAUACUGAUUUGCAGAAAUGUUUCAAAAUUUUUCAUUCUUUCACCAUCUUUUAUUUCUUUUCUUCCAAAUACACUCAUUCCCUCUCCCUCUCUUGCCCCCUCUUUUGCUCUGCCCCUCCCUCCCCCACCCCAUUCUUCCCCCAUCUGCUCCCCCUUCGUCCCUGCCCCAUUACCAUCCCCUUCCCUCCCCCUCACCCCACUUCAUCCCUCCCUCCUUUCUACUCUCAUUCUCUCUCUCCAUUCUACUUUCCUCAUUCAUUUUACCUUCUUCCUACAAUCCUCCUCCUGCUCCUGAAAUUAUCAUAGUGACCAACAGUAAACUAUUUAUACAGUGGAUUCUGGUUAAUCGGUUAUUUGGGACAACUUGAACAGAACAAAAACUAAUCCAGAAAAUAGCCGGGGUUCCCUUUGUUUAUUUGGGGCAUUAUGCCAUGUAAUUGGGGCAAAAGACUGUGGUGAACAGUUUCUAGCUAGCGUCAGACAUGUGAACUUGUGUGGCCAUUAGGCACUACACGAUGCUUAGAGCGAUCAUUUUUAAAUAGCAUCGGUUGCAUGCGCUUGUGUUCAAAAAGCAGUGAUUUCUGUCACUGGUAAUCGGUGAGAAAUAGCUGUCAGACGAUUCAGACAGUCUUGAUCACUGCAGUUUCAAGCAAUCAGGUUUAGCGCUGCCGGAAACGGCCAGGAAUGAAAAUGAAAAGAUUACACUACUUCAGCAAGUUAGGAACUAUGAAGAAUUUAAAGCUAUCACCAGUCAUUUUGAAUUUUACAAUGAAAAUGAGGAUUUGGAGGAUACCAUCAUCAAUAGCAUUGUAUGAAGGCAGCCCAGUGUCUACACCAAGUGUCUGCACUGAAUUUGUUCAUUUACAGUGAGUCAGAAGAACAUGGAUGAAUUCCUCCAUCGAUAACUAUUAGGAUCUAAUACACAGUUUUUUCUAGAACUGUAGUACUAUUUGUAGUGUUCUAAUUUGUUCUGUAUUUAAUUUAAAUACAAACUCUGUUACUCAGUUAAAUGGUAGCUUGUCUUUUUAUGCCUUUUUACCUACUUCCAUACAGCUAAUUGGAGCAGCUGCUUAACUGGGGCAAAAUGUACUGGUCCCAAUGUGCCCCAAUUAACCGGAAUCCACUGUAUUAUGGUUAUUGGGAUUAAAUCUUUAAAUCACCCCACGUUUUUUUCUGUUAAAGGAUGCCCUUAUGUAAAAUCAGAGUUUUGUUUAGUGUAAUUGUUGGCAUUCAUGGUCAUAAACUAGACACGUUUGGUAUUUUUUAAAUACUCUUAUAUUCUUAUGACAUUUGUAUUGAUAGAUAACAGGACAAAUUUCUUAACUGCUUUAAUUCGACUAUAUACCAUUUUCAGGAAUGUCUUUUGUAAUGCAGAUUUCUGGCAGAAUCAUGUAGUACAAGCAUCUUUCUUUCUCCAAAUAAAAGCCACUAUCAAUAAUUUGCAUGUGCAGAUGACUGAAGUAUUCUCUGGUGAAGUAUAAACAAUCCUCUUUGCUGAUGCCCUUCCGGGUGCUUUUUAUGUGACGUGCAGGAAAUGGAUCUGAGUUCCUAAUAAAGACAGUCUAGGAAAUGAUGUGUGAUUUGUUUCCCUAAACAUUAUCUAACCAUUGUGGCCAAAAGUUGUUUUGAUUUUUGAGGGGGUAUGGGGUAAUACUGAAUGGAGUAAAUAAAUGGAAUGAUUUUUAUUAAAUCAGGGAUUGCACAUGAAAAAAGGCCAAGGGAUGUUUUCACUGAAUUAACUAUUAAAUUAUGUUUUACCAUGGAAAAUAUCUACCAAAUUUUGCUUGUUAUAUUUCAAAACGUUGGUAACUUUAUUUUGGGCUUACCUUGUCCGUGGAGGAAUUUGAAUGACAAAGAAUCAGAGAGUCUUGCAUUUAGAAAUCUAGUGUAUAACUGAUGACAACUGUCAGACAAACAAUACGUCUCCUGAAAAUUCUUCUUGAAGAAACCAGUUUAUAAUAAUUACCUGAAACAAUUGCUGUCUGAAUAUUUAUUUGUAAGAUUUAUCAUUUGCGAAUACAAAUGGGCUUUUAGCAAAAAGGGCAAAGAGUUAAAAUUCACCAUCACUGGAGAGAGCUAUUUACUCUGAAGAUAAGGAAGUUCCAGAUUCAAGAUAAAGUAUUUGUAAUCAAUUUGAGAAUGUCUCAUAUGAUUGGUAGCAAGUACUAAUUUACUUGCAUGUUCUGUUUUCCACUUUUGUGGUUUACAUCUCAACUGGACAGAGAAAAUUUAAUUAUAGUUCCCAUAAAGAGUACUAAGCCUCACAUAUGGCCCUUUCACAUGUGGCCAUAAAGUUUUACAUCAGUUUACCAUUGACGAAUGAACGGCUUGUCUUUGUUUAAGCAUGCUUGCUGGUACUGUCCUUAACAUUCGUCAUUUUUGUCAAUAUUUUGUGUAGAUUGGAUAACUGCACAAUGUGCAUUUUAAUUUGAAAUACAUGUUGAAAUACUUGUAGUAGGGAUUGUUUAAAGGUUUAAUAUUCUGAAUGAAAAUUAAAAGCCCCUACCUUGCUGUGCAAUAAAAUCUUUUAUCAAUGCAAAGUAGCAUAGUUUGUUAUUAUUAUCCCUUUGUAAUCUGUAUACACAAAAUAUUUAAGACAAUAUUUUGUUUGCUUAGUGCCACUGGAUUCAAACAGUGAAGGUUUCCUUCUAAUGUGUGGUAUACAUUUUGAAAUAAUGUAACGCAAUACUUGUAACUCUUCAGCAGACUCAUUAUGUUUUAAUUAUGCAACAGAACAAGCUCUUUUGAUAAUAAAAAUGCCUUUAUUUCAUGUUUGUCUUUGGCGCAUCUUCCACUGAUAUUCACAUACUUUUAAAAAAUGUGAUUUUUUGUAAAUGUGUGAAAUAGCGUC